AUGCACCGGCAGGCCAAAUGUCCAGCGUGUGAACAAUAUUCCGAAUGUGCCGAGGAAUGUAGGGUGGAACCCGAGAAAGGAAUUGCACAUGUUAAGGCACGCAGACAAUUCAGGUGUUCCCGGUGCCAUCGUUCCCACGAGCGUGGAAAAUGCCCAGCCUUUGGCAAAACUUGUUUUCUGUGCCGAGGCGCUAACCACUUUGCUUCCUGCUGCAAGAAAUGGCCUCAAGUCAGUGAAGUACGCGACGAGCAAGAUGACUUUGACAUCCUCGAUGUCAACGUUGGCAGCAAAGCUGAUUGGCUGAUCAAUGCAACAGUGGCUUCCAAACAAGUGUCCCUUAAGGUUGACACAGGCUCACAAGCCAACUUGUUGCCUCAGUCUGUGUUCCAAAGCCUAAAAUCGAAGUCCGGGUUACGGGAAAGCUCCUCUGUUCUGCGCUCAUACAGUGGCGACGUUAUCAAGCAUAUCGGUGUUACUACGCUACAAGUUGUCGCGAACAGCCACACCGGUUACUUCGACUUCUUCAUUGUUAAGAAGAGCACCCAGGCCAUCCUGGGGCUGUCGGCGAGUGAAGCUUUAGGACUGGUCUCUCGUACUGUCGACGCUGUGAAUACAAGCAGCACCAUCGAAGCGAUGACAGAAUUUCCCGAGUUGUUUCAGGGCAUCGGCUGUCUAAAACGCCAGUACCACAUGGUUCUGCGGGGGAAUGCAACCCUGGUGGUCCAACCGGUACGACGGGUGCCCCAGGCGCUGCUCCAGCCCUUGCGAGAGGAACUGGACCGCAUGGAGCAUGAAGGCAUCGUGGUCAAAGUCAGCGAACCGACGGAUUGGGUGAGCCCCUUUGUCGCCGCGAGAAAAAAGAAUGGUAAACUGCGUGUCUGCAUUGACCCCAGGCGCAUCAAUGAGUGCUUAAAAAGAGAGCACUAUCAAAUGCCAAAAAGAGAGGACAUUGAGGCUGAGCUGGCCGGCGCCAAGUUUUUCUCUCGCCUCGACGAGCAAUCUGGAUUUCAUCAAAUUCCUCUAGAUAAGGCUACUUCGAAGGUGUGCACGAUUGGCACGCCGUUUGGGCGCUACCGUUUCCUAAGGCUGCCUUUUGCUAUAGCUUCGGCACCUGAGGUUUUUCAAAAAACCAUGAAUGAAAUAUUCGACCAGGUCCCAGGAGUGCGAAUAUAUAUCGACAAUAUAUUGAUAUGGGGUAGCACGAGGGAAGAGCAUGACGCCCACCUCCGCACAGCCUUGCAGUUGGCCAAGAGCGCCGGCCUAACGCUCAAUGCUGCUAAGUGCGAAUUCGGGGUCACCGAAAUCGACUUCUUGGGCGACGUGAUAAGCCAAGACGGGAUCAGACCUGGUAAGCAAGAAAAUGUUUGCUCGUCUAGCUGA